AUGGCUCCCCGCCCCGAGCAGAGCCAAUUGAAGCGUGCUGCCGGGUCGCCCGCAGACCACGAUCCUGACUCGUCCAAGAAACCGCGCCGAUCCGAGCGCCUGUCGCAGCAGCUCUCGGUCAAGACACCAGUCGACACCAAGCAGCAGUUGCCAUCGCCCGUGACACACGUCUCCCCCGAGGAGAGCAGCUCCCGUUUCAAGGAAGGCACUGCCACCCCGCCCGAAGGCCGCUCCAGCCAGGUCCUCACCAAGAGCCAGGAGACCUACUCACAGAUCCAGGGUUUCUCCUCUCCGCCCCAGGAUACCCAGGCCUUCUCCCAGCAGGUCGUCGACCCCAACGAGCCCUAUUCCAAGGAUGUCAAGGACGAGGUCAAGGAAGGCGUCUGGGGCUACCUGUUCCCCCUAAACACCAAGUAUGGCGGCAAGUGCCUGGUCAUGAAGAAGAGGGCUGCUUGUCCGAGGUCAGACGCGUUGCAGGAUGGCGCACAGAAGAGGAAGGGCGCCAAGAAGUCGCCCAAGCAGCGGGAGGAGAGCUUUGAGAACACAAAGAUCGCCGAUGCCCCAUCCGGUGGCUACCUGAUAGGCCGUCACCCCGAGUGCGAUAUCGUUGUGGAUGACGGCAGCGUCUCAAACCGCCACUGCUUGUUGUUCACAGAGCACAAGACUAAUGAUACUAUUGCAAUUGUGGAGGACUUGUCAAGCAACGGCACCUUCGUCAACGAGGCGAUCAUUGGGCGCAACCAACGGCGGGAGCUGAAGGAGGGCGACGAGAUAGCAGUACUGGACAAGGCCCGUUUCAUCUUCAAGUAUCCCAGGGCUAGGCAAAGCAACGCGUUCCUCCAGCAGUACACCUUGCUCGAGCAGCUGGGAAAGGGCCACUUUGCAGAGGUCUUCCUAUGUGUCGAGAAAGCGACCGGCAAGAGAUAUGCUGUCAAGAUCUUCACCAAGACCCCGGGGCUGGAGGACAAGCCGAAGACGGACGGCCUGCAACAGGAGAUCGCCGUUCUCAUGGGUGUCAGCCAUCCGAACGUGCUUUGUCUGAAGGACACUUUCAACGAGAAGAAUGCUGUCUUCCUCGUGCUCGAGCUCGCAGCGGAGGGGGAGCUUUUCAACUAUAUUGUGAUGAAGCAGAAGCUGACCGAAGAUGAGACGCGGAAGCUCUUCACUCAGCUUUUCCAGGGGAUCAAGUACCUGCAUGAUCGAAAUAUCGUCCACCGGGACAUCAAACCCGAGAAUAUCCUCAUGGUAGACCGAGACCUCCACGUCAAGCUUGCGGAUUUUGGCCUCGCCAAGAUUAUUGGCGAGGAGUCGUUCACCACCACCCUCUGUGGCACGCCAAGCUAUGUCGCACCGGAAAUCCUGGCCGACACAAGGCACAGGAAGUACACGAAAGCGGUCGACAUUUGGUCCCUUGGGGUCGUGAUGUACAUCUGUCUCUGCGGGUUCCCGCCCUUCUCCGAUGAGUUGUACUCCAAGGACUUCCCAUACACCCUGUCGCAGCAGAUCAAGAGCGGCAGGUUCGACUAUCCUUCUCCGUACUGGGACUCCGUGGGCGACCCUGCUCUUGAUCUGAUCGACUCCAUGCUUGUGGUUGAUCCGGACAGACGCUUUACGGUGGACCAGUGCUUAGACCACCCGUGGAUGACCGCCAAGGGCCCUGGUGUAAAUGACAGCACCGACGGCUUGGUCGGCGGCGUCAGCGGCCUCGACAUCCAGCGCCGUGGGAUCGCGCGGGAGCGCACCUUGCUCAGCAGCAUCAACUCGGUCAGAGUCAAAGAGGUGCCUGGCGUGAACGGGAAGGAUCCUGUUACUGUGUACAGGAAAAACACUCGGCCAGCCGUUGCGGAGCCCAGACCAUUCGAGAACAGGAACCCGGAAGAGUUCGCGGCCAUGGGCGGCAAGGGCGACGAGACGCUCUUCGGCCAUGACGCAACCAGCCACUAUACCAAAGAUGACCUGCCCCAGGGGCCCGGCCCAGCUUUGCUGGUAACGGAGAACGGCAACGGAGUGAAAACAAAGGGAAAGGCGGCCAAGGGAAGCAAGCCAUAG